CAGAAAUCCGGAUAACAAGAAGUAUUUGUCCACACAGUCUUGGCCAGGACAUCAGAGGUGUCAGAACAGGGGAAUAAAAAAGAUGCUAAUGUUUGACCCAGUCCCUAUCAAGCAAGAAGCCAUGGAACCUGUUUCAGUGUCAUACCCGUCCAAUUACAUGGACCAAAUGAAGCCAAACAAAUACAGCGUCAUUUAUUCUACACCGAGCAUGUUGCACAAUAAAUUCUACUCAAGCCCUGAAGGACUAUCAAAUGGGAUCCAGAUGGAGCCUGUAGACCUUACAGUUAACAAACGGAGCUCACCACCUUCAGCUGGGAGUUCUCCGUCCCCCUUGAAAUUUCAGACUGCGCAUAGAAGAACUUCACCAGGGUUGACUCUGUCCUCGCCCAGCUCACCUCUCAGUAAAUUCGCACCAUCUCCUCCAGGAGUACAGCCCAUUUCCAUGCCAAUAACAAUCCCGCCUGUAAUGGCUGCUGCUCUUUCACGCCACGGACUGAGGAGCCCCGGGAUACUUCCAGUUAUACAGCCCGUUGUGGUCCAGCCUGUUCCUUUCAUGUAUGCGCCCCAUCUUCAGCAGCCCAUCAUGGUGUCCACCGUACUUGCAGAUGAGAUGGAAACUCCAAGUAGCAUGCAAGUGCCUGUCAUUGAGUCUUAUGAGAAGCCUACACUGAAGAAAACAAUCAAGGUAGAGCCAGGAAGUGAACCAUCGAAGACUGACUUCUAUCCUGAACAGAUAUCACCUCCAAUGAUGACCUCACUGUCACCCCAGCAAGUAAUGUUGCAAGAGAAUCACCCUUCAGUUAUAGUUCAGCCAGGAAAGAGGCCUUUACCUGUGGAAUCUCCAGACACACAGAGAAAACGCAGAAUACAUCGGUGUGAUUACGAAGGCUGCAACAAAGUCUACACUAAAAGCUCCCAUCUGAAAGCUCACAGAAGAACCCAUACAGGUGAAAAACCAUACAAGUGCACUUGGGAGGGGUGCACAUGGAAGUUUGCUCGUUCUGAUGAACUAACGCGGCAUUUCCGCAAGCACACAGGAAUCAAACCUUUUCAGUGCCCAGACUGUGACCGUAGCUUUUCACGAUCGGACCAUCUUGCUCUUCACAGAAAGCGCCACAUGCUCGUCUGAAUGUCUUCUGUUCCUGACUUCUGUCACAGUUUUGGGUGUUUUUUUACACAUGCAUUUUAAUUUGGAUUCAGCUGGUCUGAAUCUCUGAGUUUAUACCAUUAAAAGCUUACAUAUGGUCAGUAACAGAUGUUAUCUAACCCUUCUACGUCCUUGCCACGGGUCAGACCUAAAGAAUGUGAACACUUUUUUUUUUCCUCCUGGGGGUGCUAAGCAAACCCUUUCUGUAGACAAUAUGUUUAAUGUAUUCCAUUGUGAAUAAGGGAAUUUGUAAACUAACAACUUUUGUUGGUUUCUUCAUAUAAUCAACCCAGCAUAUACCGAUAAAGUAGUAAAUGUUAUUGAAUAUCCAAAA